CUUGUCUAUAAAUACUUUUCCUUGUCAUUUGCUCUUUCUCUUCUUCUUGGCAACGACGUCUAUGGAUUGCCCUCUGAGGUGCUCUUCCUUCCUUCCUCUCAGGCCCGAGCGGCUAUUGUGCAGGCUUGCGCAUCCGCCCUCUACCGGAUUGGGAUUUCCCAGAUGGAAGAGGAUCGAGUCGGGGAGAUGUUUGGUCGUAUGCAAGGCAUUUGGUUUCGAUGAACAGGGCGGAGGCAGCCGUGGUUUCUCGAAGUCGACUGCUCUUAAGGUCUUCAUGGAGGAGGCAAUUGGUGCUGAAUAUGGUGAGGGUUUUGAGACAUUUAGGCCAGAGGGUCCUCUAAAGGUCGAUGUGGAUUUCUUAAAUGAUAGGAUGCAAGAAAGUGCUCUUCAACGAAUAAGAUAUGCUAUGAAGCCUGAUGAAGCCUUUGGGCUUAUCUUUACAUGGGACAAUGUUCUGGCUGAUACUCGGGCACUGAAACUUGAUGCAUGGUACCAGUUAGGACUUGAAGAAGGAAAGCACAUUCCUGAGGAUAAUAACAUCCGCCGAUCAUUGACAUAUGCUGGUGCAGAUCAUGUUCUUACUAAGGUUUUGCACUGGGUGGAUGGUGAUGAGCAACUGGAAAGGUUAAAGUUACGGUUGUCAGAGCUAUACUUUGAGAACCUCCAAAAUCUAAAAGCACCUAUGGAAGGAGUGAAGGAAUGGUUAGAUGCGCUUUACACAGUUGGGAUCCCAUGUGCUGUGACAUCACGUUUGGACCGUACGACUUUGAUUGCAGCCCUUAAAAGGAUGGGUCUUCAAAAAUACUUCCAGGCUAUGGUAACUGAAGAGGAUGGAAUGGAUUCUAUCGCUCAUAGAUUCCUGUCCGCUGCUGUCAAGCUGGACCGGAAGCCAUCCAAAUGUGUUGUGUUUGAGGAUGAUCCCAGGGGGAUAACUGCUGCUCAUAACUGUACAAUGAUGGCAGUCGCGCUAAUUGGUGCCCACCCUGCAUAUGAGUUGGUGCAAGCUGACCUUGCUGUUGCUAGCUUUAGUGAGCUCUCAAUAAUAAACCUUCGGAGACUAUUUGCUCACAAGGGGUCUGCAUUUAUGGACUUGCAAAAACAGAUUGGAGAGAUUGCUCCACGUAGAAGGAAACUUACGAUUGAUACCGUUUUCUAACUAACACGCUCCCUUCUCUCUCUCUAGCUUGUGUAUAUGCAAAUCAACUACCACAGCUUUGCUUGCAUGUGGCAGGGCCGCAAUUUUUGUUCCCUUCAUAUCUUCCGCUUGUAGGUGACCUGACAAUUACUUUGUUCGGUGGAAAGGGAAAAAGAAAAAGAAAGCAAUCUUUCUCUC